AUGGAGAAAUUCAAUCGUCUCCAGCUGCUGCUCGAGGAUGAUAUGGGACUCUUUACCCUGGACGCUAAAAUGAACGAACGCCUGAUCGGGUCCUCGCCUACUGGUGGGGUCGACCCCCACACCCAGCGUCAGAUGAGCAGCCAAGUUCCUAUGUCAACGCAGGAGACCACGUCUACGGCUGUAGAGGCCGCUGCUCCGGGGGUGAGCGCGACCUGCUCCACUCUGGUUGUCGAUGACAAGCUCUCCACAGCGUUCUGUCCAGGUCGUGCUCUGGCGCAGUUUCCAUUCAGGUUUCUCUCAAGCAUACCUGAUAUCUCUCGGCAGAUUGCAUCGCACUUUUUCGAUGGUGGAAAAUUCUGGUGCCGUACCUGGGAUCUAUACUACCUAGAAAUCCCCGCGAGUAUAAGCGAGCGCAAGCUUUUACUCAUACCAGCUCUGCAGGCUAAGGCCUUUUUUGAUGAGAUCAACGCUGCACUCAACUGUUCGUUGUCUCUGAUGGGCAAAAAUCAGGAGGGCCUAGUUAUUUAUUUCGACUCGAACGAUGGAACUCCUGUGCCAAAGUUCCUAGGAGUGAGCAAGGAUCGGAAUACAAAGGAUGAACUUGAGAACAGCAUUCCCGCACCGACUUUCAGGGGCCACGGUUGGAUACAGACUUGUGAAGAGGAAAUACUUGACGCGUUUCAAAAGAAGGUCACUGUCGCUGUUUCUGCGGCCUCUAGGAAGAAAGGCUACAGAACCCAGAAGAAGCAGACAGCCCAAAAAUAUGAAAAUGAAAUCAACCUUGUUCGCGGCCUCUAUCAGCUCCAGGCGUACUUUGGGCUCCGGCCUCCACUGGAAGGUAAUUGUUAUUUGAGAGAUCAGUCGCCUCCAGUCAUCACAUCCGAGCCACCUGGGUGGGAAUUCCAGCAUAUGCCUUACUUCAUCAGCGUGGAUGUGGAGUGGAAUGAAAAGAAUGCCAACCAAGUAACUGAAGUGGGACUAUCUCUUCUAGACACCUACGAUCUCCAAGGAAUUGCGCCAGGGCCUCGGGGUGAAAACUGGAUCAAGCACAUCCGCUCCUUCCAUCUUCGUGUCACAGAAUAUCAGCAUCAUGUCAAUUCAGAUUACGUCGCAGGAUGUCCUAGCAAAUUUUUGUUUGGAGAAAGUCAGUUCGUCGACGAUGAUGAUCUCGGAAUCAACACGGAUCAACUGUGUCUCUUUCCAUGGGAAUACAAAGAGCCUCGGGCUGCUCUCAUCCCGCUUGAUCAGAGACCAUUUCGGAAAGCAGUGGUGGUAGGCCAUGAUCCUCACCGAGACCUUGAAGUCCUUUAUUCGCGCAGCAUCGUAUUUGAGCGACUUACACGACCAGGAGGCCAAUUCCUUCUUGAAGUGAUGAAUACUCAGAAACUGUUCCAGCGCCUACGAUGUGAUGUCAGCCCUCGAAGUCUGGGGGCGAUGCUGAAUGAACUGAACAUUCAAGCAGAUUAUCUCCACAACGCCGGUAAUGAUGCGCGAUAUGCGCUUGAGGGUUUGAUUGGGAUUUCACUAGAAGCAGCCGGAGCGAAAGUUGAGGGUGAGGAAAGGACAAAAUGA